AUGUCGACAGCAGUUGCAACACCCAUGCAACCCCCCAUGAUAUCAGCAGAGACUCCUCAUCAAGUGCCAUCAGCGCUUUCGGACACCAUUAGCAGAAAAGUCCAUUUUCCUCGCAACAUGAAAACCGUAGUCAGCGUGCUGUCACGAAGGGAUUACUCGAAUUCAGAGCUGAGGGAAUGCUUCUACACUCCUGACGAUCGACAUCGAAUAGAAUGCGAAAGGGAACGCCUUGUAAGACGUUUUAAUAAAGAGCCGAACAAAAAACAUCUGCACUCUUCUCUACGAGGUUUGGAAAAUUCGACAAGAGAAGGAAGCGUACAAUCAGAGAAGCGUGUUUGGGCAGUCGUCGACAGCGUCCUAAAUGAGCAAGAUGAUCAGUUGGAACUCCGUGAGUUCGAUUGCUAUCGAAUUGCAUCCGCUUCUCAGUCCAACUCGACAGAAAGUACACUAUUGGCACUUCGUGCUGCAAUUGGCGAUCAACUAGCUGCUUUCAGUAUAUAUCGUGACUGGGCUUCGGACAACCGAGCCAUUUUGAACGCUUCAACCAAGGGUGACCGAUCUUGCAAAUGUUAA